AGCCGAGCUGCCCACGCACGCACUCCUACGCGUUUUCGAAUUAACGUUACUUUUCACUCCUCUGUAUUAUUAUUAUUAUUUUUUUUUUUUAGCUAGCAUUGUGCAGACAUUAUGGUAAAAAAAACUUGCGUGUUUUUUCAGGGUGUGGAUUACAUAUAGAUAGUUCAGCAGCAUUACAGACCACGGGAGUAUGGUCGUCGGAUUUGUAAAAAUAUAUGUUUGUAAGUCAGCUGGCUAGCACUGGGCAGCUAGCUGAUAAAGGAUAGGAGGAGGGAGGAGAAAACAUAACCAUGUAUUAGUGUUGCAUCUACUGGAUGUAAAGGUUAGAUAGCUGACGUUAAUUUAAUCGAUAUUGGUUCUUAUAAUCAUUUUUGCUCGAUAGCUAAAGAGUUUCGUAUCGAUUCGCAUUGCAUUCUGGUCCCAGCCAGCAGAAGAACAUGGAGCUCGAGCAGACUGGCUUGAGAGAGAAUCCUCCCGGUUCUGUGGCUGUUCACAAAACGGAAAACUGUGAGGAAAGUCUUGGAGACAGAAUAGAAGAUUGUGGUUUGCAAGAUUGUAAAGGCAGAGCCGUCGAUGGAGAGUCUGCGAAAUCGGAAGAGACUGAAAUGUGUGUGCAUCAACAACAACAACAACAACAGCUGCCAGAGACAGAUGUGCAUAAGAAGCAGCCUGAAGAGGAGCUGGACCCCAGGAUACAGGAGGAGCUGGAGCAUCUGAAUGAAGCCAGUGAGGAGAUCAACCAGCUGGAGCUGCGAUUAGAGGAAGAGAGGUCAAGCUACAGGAAAAUAUUUACUGAUUCAGCCAGGAAGCUCAAUGCACUAAGCUCUCAACUGGGCUCUUGCAUUGAGAAAGCCAGACCGUACUAUGAGGCCCGGAGAUCAGCUAAAGAGGCCCAGCAGGAGACCCAGAAGGCUGCGCUUAGAUACGAGCGGGCUGUUUCCAUGCACACGGCUGCACGGGAGAUGGUGUAUGUGGCUGAACAGGGCCUUGGAGCAGAUAAGACUCUUGAUCAAACCUGGCAAGAGAUGCUCAAUCAUGCCACUGCCAAAGUAAAUGAGGCUGAGGAUGAGCGGUUGCGGAGCGAAAGAGAGCACAUGCGUGUCACCCAGCAGUGUCAGGCAGCAGAAGCUCGUGUACAGACCCUGCAGAAAUCCCUCAAGAGGACCAUUAUCAAGUCCAAGCCUUACUUCGAACUCAAAGUCCAGUUUAAUUCCAUAUUGGAGGAGCACAAAUUGAAGGUAACUCAGUUAGAAGAGCGUGUGAGUGAAGUGAAGAAGCAUUACUCCUACACUCUGCAGCGCUUGGAGAAAAUCAGCGAGGAGAUCCAUGCCCAGAGAGGACCGGACCAUUCUGAGAACGGAUCUGCAACAUCCUUCAAAACACGCAGUCCUCCUAUAGGAGCCGAGGCGGUAAUCCCGACGAGUAUUGAGGGUGGACACUGUGGAGGCCACAAUAAGUCAAGUGAAUGGGUGGACAGCCAAGAGGCUAAGACACAAGAGUGGGUGGAGAGACAUAGGGAGUCCGGUUGGUGGGAGGGAGGGAAACAGAGACCGACAUCUGGAGUGUUCUCAGACUCCACUUCUGUUUUUAGCUUUAAAACCAUUGCUUCUGAUUUGGAGAAAUGCGACUCUGUUGAGCAUCUCGGCCAGCUGAGUGACUCUGUUAGUCUGUCUGGAGAAGAGGAGGAAAGGGGGAAAGAAGGGGAUGAGAUUAGACGAGUGGACCAAGAAAAUGUUAAAAAGUUGGAGAUUGAGAAACAAGAGCAGCUCAUCAAGCAGCAUCACAGGAGUGUGAGUUUGUGAGUAAGGCUCGCCUAAGGCUCACAUGAAGGGGAAGAUUCGAGUAGGAGUGGACAAUUUGGUGAUACUUGAAGACAUUUCCACAGUACACAACAUGUAUCCUGAUAUUUAUCAAUGAUAGCAGCUAAAUGGUACUCAAAUUUGAACAGAAAGAACCAGUGCAAACAAGGCAAUGCUUUUAAUGUUAUUUUUAAGUGCAAAAUGAUGUAACAUUGGAAUGAAGGAACAAUUGAAAACUCCUUCAUCUUCAGUAGCUGCUUAAUCCUGCAAAGGGUUGAAGAGGAUCUGUGAACAGUUGGAGCACACCCUGGAUGGAAAAGCAGUCCAUCGCUGGAGACCAUGUAUACACACACACACACACACACACACACACACACACACACACAGAAAUACAGGGAGAGUGUGAAAAGUCUCAUACUAAGAAGUGAUGUCUAAUCAGUUCCUUGUUCCUGUGAGCAACAAUAUCACAAUAUGCUUUUCUGAAAGUAUGACGAAUGUUGCCUAUACUUUAAACAGUGACCAAAUCCAUUGUAAAUCAUCAGGUUGCGAGAUUCUAUUAACAUAUUGUUAUAUUAUCUAGUCUUGUGUUCCAGCAGAACAAACAAGAGAAGACCUUCUUAAUCUAGUUUUAAACUAGGAUAAUAUAGUGCAGUUCAGUCUCCGUGUCUAGGGCCACAAUAUGUCCGAAUUGAAUUUAGCAGCAUGAGAAACAAUGUCCAACAUUUGAAAUAGUUAUCAUAGCUGUUGCACCGCAUAUAUUUCUUUUAAGCCGGAUUUGAGCAGCACUGUCCCUCUCUUUAUCAAUUUUUCCCAUCUGUCAGAAGAUUGGCCCUAUAAUUGCACUUUGCAUCAGGAAAGGUGUUCGAAAGAAAUGGACCUCUCCUGAAUAGCUUUGAUGAGUGAUGAGAGAUGGAAUUAAACCCAGCUCCAGUCUAAUGAAACCGAAUCCAGUGUAAUUUUGUGCAACGGAUCAGCAGGUAAUUAGAAUGCAGUGGCAAGCACACUCGUUUUGCAAUAUAUUAUGAAAGGUGAGAUGUUAAAAGACCCCCUGGGAUGCUGAGGUUGUUGUUGUUGCUGAGAGUAACAGCAGAAUUUGUAAAUUAAUGCAUGAAAAAAAAAUUGAACAUAAAAGAUCAUUACCGCUUUCAGAUAUCACACGGCGUCUCGGAUAAUUUUAAGAGGAGACACAAUGCAGGUAAUUUGCAUAAAACGCAUAGCACAAAACUGAUACCGACAGGAGGAAAGAUGAAAAAAGACAAUACAGCAAUCCAAAAAAAUAUUGACCAUAUAUAUAAAAAAAAAAAAUUAAAUAAUUAUCAAAAUAUAAUACUAAUGAAAAUAAUUUCAUAAUAACAAUAAUUUAAAUUAAAAUAAAAAAGUAUUUUAUUUUUUUCUUGCAUUUAUUAUUUUAAUGCAUUUUAUCUGUACAAGGCUUACAUGACAUUGUAAAGCCUAGUUUAUAAGUAGUAAAAAAUUAAAAAUCUGGUAUUAAAUUAGCAAUUGCCCUCAGAGUUUAGUUUAUUUAGAAAGCUUUUUUUAAUGUAAAAUGGUAUUUAAAAAACAUUAAUAUGAUUGGACCUGACUGACCAGGCUAGACGAACACUUUAAAUGAUAGCUGCUAAACAGCAAUAAACAGCCGCCUCAAUAAUUACCACUGAAGUCAAUUUACACCUCUUUAACCCAGACAAACUUAAGGUCAUCAAGCUGUAAAAUAUUUUUUCCGUUCCCAUCAGCUGCAGAACACAAGACCUUGGGAAUGAUGAGUGUGAGAUUUACUUUUGAUUGAUAAAGUAUGAUUGCUGAAGACAUAUUUAUUAGGGAUGUGAACCUCAGGUUUCCCAUAAGAAAAGAUACAAUAUAGAUGAUGCCGAUGAAUCUCCUAUAGCAUAUGAUUUCAGUUCAUAAGACACGGAUUCGAUAUCUGACGAUGCCUCUGAAUUUAUAGCAUGAAUUUACAAUAUGGUACGAUUUGCUGUAGUAGCAUCUGAGCGAUUUUGUUCAGAACUUUGUGCUGGAUUCUGUGGUACACCUUGGAAUGCUAAUGAAGUUGAGAAGAAGUGUCUUAAUUAUCAGAGUUAUAAACAAAUCAACUUCAUCACCAAUACAUUUCAGUUUACAGAUAUGAAUUACUUCACACACCAUUUGUCUGUCCCUUUUUAAAUAAUAAUCGAUUUAUGAUCGUGUUUUCAAUUUCUUUCAGUCAUUGCCUUUUAAAUCUUUUAUUUACUUCCCUAAUAUUUAUCUUAGUGUUCUGACUGACAUGAAUUAGUUUACCUUUUGAAUACGUACAACACAACACUCAUUCCCUUUUUUCCCCUUUAAUUGCAAUCUUCGACAUACAGACUCCUUGAACUGCAUAGUAAUAAACAAACCCUCAACAAUUUCCCUCAAAAGCAAUACAGAUUCACAUGAUUAUCUUCAUAUCCGGUUUUUUGUGACUUGCUUCCUUUCUCACACUGCCCUUAAAGUCUGAAUGAAGUUAGCCUUAAAUGAUUGCAUCCUUUUUUUAAAAAAAAAAAAUAUAUAUAUAUUGUAUAUUAUUCAAAAUUAGCAGUCAGUUGAUUAUCAGGUUGCAGCUUAAAUAGACUUAUUCGUUUGUGUGGAUCUACUGUAUAAGAUGUGCUGCUCAGUGGAUUGCAAGAAUUGUCCUUGCUUUAUUAUUGUAUUCAGUUUAUUCUAAGAUUUUCUAUUUCAUUCAAUGUUAAUUUAUUUUUAUUCAGCAACAAAAUGUUGUUUACAAGUUUUGAUGUAUCAUUUCAAAUAUUAAGCAGACAUUAUAGUUAGAACUUGUGUUAUGAUACAGCUGACUUUUGAUCAAUAGUAACAUUUUUUUAUGUUACAUACACUAUAUUGCCAAAAGAUUUGGGACGUCUGCCUUUACAUGCACAUGAAUGUAAUAUGGAGUUGUCCCGCCCUUUGCAGCUAUAACAGCUUCAACUCUUCUGGGAAGGCUUUCCACAAGGUUUAGGAGUGUGUUUAUGGGAAUUUUUGACCAUUCAACUAGAAACGCAUUUGUGAGGUCAGGCACUGAUGAUGGAGGAGAUGGCUCGCAGUCUCUGCUCUAAUUUAUCCCAAAGAUGUUUUAUCUUUUCGAGGUGCAGGCCAGUCAAGUUCCUCCACACCAAACUCGCUCAUCCAUGUCUUUAUGGACCUUGCUUGGAAGGGCCCCAUCCCCAAACUGUUCCCACAAAGUUGGGAGCAUGAAAUUGUCCAAAAUGUCUUAGUAUGCUGAAGCAUUAGGAGUUCCUUUCACUGAAACCAACCCCUGAAAAACAACACCUAGAUCCAAUGAUUCGGAGGGGUGUCCCAAAACUUUUGGCAAUAUAGUGUAGCUACGAUCAUCUUAAAUAUGUAUUUCUCAAUGCUAGAUUAUUGUUUCCUUGAAUAGCGUUUCUAUAUUUUGUUUUUAUACCUGUAAAGAUUGUUCUUCAUGAAGAUGAAAGAUGCGUAUGCAUUGUCUGAAGGAACAAUACGUUUAUUGCAUUAUACGUAUAUUCUAUGUAUAACAUAUAAGUUUCAUGCAAUCGAGUUAUCGCUUCCUCUCUCUGUUGUUCAUGUGUGUAAUUGUAUUUUCAAUGCAACAGUUCUUAGGUUUAUUGACUUUCUCCUUUUCCCCAAGACAUAUGAACACAUUUCGUCUAGCGUGCUACAGAAUCUAAUUGUAUAGCUCAGAUAAGCGUAUUAAUAAAAAUGUUUAGUUACAUCAGUGAUAAUGAGAA